AUGACCAGACGGCUCUGCUUGACCUUCCUCCUACUUGGCACGGCGAUCAACGCCCAAGACAAGGCGUUCCGCAGCCCUCCCCAACUCCCACCCAACUUCCACCGUUCUCAAUCGAUCUCAAACCAACAACCUCAAGCCAUCGUACCGCAACAAGGACAAUUCGUACCAUUCCCAUCUGCACCACAACCCAACUUUGUACCAUCCGGCCACUUUGUCCCAACCGGCAUCACACCAGGACAAGCCCAAUUCGUCCCACCUCAAUUCAUUCCUCAAGGACAACAACAAGUUCAAGUUCAAAGGCAAUUCCUGCCAAAACCAGCCCAACCAUUACAAGAACCAGUAGAAUCAAAGCCUGCAGCCGCUUCUCAAGGCACUCCAGAACCUCAAGGUCUUCAGACCACAACUUCAGCUGCCCCAGAAACCCCAGUCACUCCAUCGAUUCCAGUUGACAAGAAUGUUGACUUAGAUGGAGAUGGUGUGUUGAGUUUGGCUGAAGUACAAUAUGCUGCUUUUGUUCAUCAUGGUCUAUCUUCGAGCGUUGUAGAGACCUUGUUCAAUCAGGUGGAUAAGAACAAGGAUGGAUAUUUGAAUGGCAAUGAGUUUACCGACAUUAGACCAUUGGUCUUGGCCAAGAGUGAGAAUGCCGCUUUGAGAUAUCUUCAGGUAAGAAGAGUAGAAUCGUUCACAUUUAUAGGCCAUGUAUAAUAUAUUACAAUAAAAAAACUUUUUUUAAAUUUCAAAAUUUUAAAUUUUAAAAUUUGGCUAAAAAACCAUUUUCAAUUAAAAAAUUAUAAAAAUCCAUAUUUGCAGAACGUCGACACCGACCGUAACGGUCUUCUCAGUCUUUCUGAAGCCCAAGCUUACAUUCUAAAAGAAUAUGGUAUCAGUAACCGUGAUGUAGAGAGAAUCUGGAAGCUUGUUGUACCUACAACUACUGAUGAGAUGGACGCCGUCCUCUUCGCCAAGCUCCGCCGAAGAGUCCGCGGAAUGAGCAUCAGAUUGGCCAGGCAAAUCAUGAAAGUGAGACACUAUUUUUUAUAUUUUGAUGUGAUGUAUACACAGUAGCAAUCUAGAACUUUAGUAAUUCAGUUUACCGCCUUUCCUAACAGCCUAAAACUUUCAGACCGCCGACGUCAACGAAGACGGCCAUAUUGACCUAAAAGAGGCCCAGAUGGUAGCCUUCGAACAAGAAGGCAUUGGCAGCGGUGAUGUUAUUGAAAUGCUCGCUAGUGUUGAUGAUAACAACGACGGAGAACUGAAUGCUCCAGAAUUCGCUGACUUUGAAAGAAUCGUCCGUGCUCGUGCAGUCGAUACUGCCAAGAAAGCCUUGAAAGUCGUGGAUUCAGACCGUAGCGGCGCUUUGACCAUCGAUGAAGCCAAGAAGAUCGCCUUCGACCACUACGGCUUCGACGAACGCACUUUGGAGCCAUUCUUCGCUCAAGCCGAUGAGAAUGAAGAUGGUGAACUUGAUGCUGUCGAGUUUGCUGGGUUCAGAAGUGUGAUUCGGAACAGAGCUGUGAAGAAUGCUCAAGCUGUGUUCGCUGAGUACGAUAAUAAUGGAGAUGGAGUUAUUAGCGGAAUUGAGGCUGAGGAGAAGACGAGAAGAGAGGAUGAUUUAGAUGCUAAAGAGACAUUGGGAUUGUUCAAUGUUGCUGAUCAAGACCGUAGCAACUACUUGGACAGAGUUGAGUUGGCUGACUUCGUAAGACUAGUGAGAUUGAGUGCUAUCAAGUACAUCAACGACCAUAUUAGAGUAAGUUAUUUUUCGUCAACUCAUAAACUACUUCUUUUCCGCCUCCCGCCUUAUUUAUCAUCCAUGUUAUCAUCCCUAUUUAUCAUCAAUAUUACCUUCCCCUACCUCAUCUAUCAUCCCUGUAACAACCCCACCUGAUUUAUGAUACCUGUUACAGCAAAUCUUCACCACAACUCGCAGUUGUUUUUACUCUUCAAUUUCCAGGAUUUCGAUACGAACCGCGAUAAACAGGUCACUGUUGAUGAAUUGGAGUCGAUCAUCGAAGACAAAUACCGAGUGGAGCCCGCCGUGACACGCCACAUCUUCGAGAAGGUCGACGUGGACGGCUCCAUGGAUUUGAGUGCGGGCGAGAUCGUUGACUUUAGGCACGAAAUCCGCAAGUACGUCAGCGACCGGAACGCUCGCCAAGAGUUGAACGAACAAAACAAAAUGGAGCUUGCUGAGAUCGAGGCCAAUUUGAAGGGUGAGCCGGCGCCACAACGCGAGCUCAGCCGCAUCGAAAUAAAGCCUGAGACUGCGGAGGUAAAUAAGUUGACAAAAAAUGACAAUGACAUAAUGAAGAGUAGUUAUGAGUGAUCAAAAUAGCACAUUUAACACCAAGUUUUUUCAAUUAUCAUCACUUAGAAACAGUAUUACCUACAUAAAAACAAAAGUUUUUCCAAUUUUUUUUACAAGAACAACUUUAAAACACCAUUAGUUAGAUCAAUUUAAAAAGUAUCGCGACCAUAAAACCAUAAAAAUUAAUACAAAGAUCUCUUUCAGGACCCAGUACCACUAGAAGUAUCACAAGAUCAACCAAAAUCAGAGCCAGAAUCAACCGAAACCACACCAAAACCCUCACCAAUCAUUGACUCUGACGGCAAGCUCUCUGAAUCAGAAUCUGCACAAUCUGAAACUGAAUCAGAAUCCUCAAACAAAGCGGUAGAAUCUCCAGAAGCCUCAAAGCCACCAGUUGACAGUGACAAGUCAUCUGACGAUGAGAAAUCAGCAGCUAGAGAAGAGAAAUCAGCUACUGAGGAAAAAGCAAUGGCUACAGACGAAAAGAAGCCAGAAGGCAAAGAAGAAGUUGAAUAUGAAUUAGUAGAAGAAGUUGUUGAUGAAGAAACACCAGCUCCUACUACUACUACUACUACUACGACUACUACGACAACCACUACUACCACAACAACCACUGCUGCACCCACGACCACGACGCCUGCUCCAACGUCGCCAUCAGGUCCAGUGAAAAGAACUAGAAUCGUCAAGGUCAGAAGGCCGAAAACUACCACUACGACCACUGCUGCUCCAGGUAAGACUAGGGUUUUGGGUAUAUCUUGUUUUUUGUCAUCUACAUUAUUGUAGCUCCAAAAAACAUUUAAAAAUGCUUAUUUUAAGCAAUUUGAAAGUUUAAAAAUUGAAAAUUCUAUAAAAUUUCUGACCAGUCCAUGCUCAAGACAUUCCCAGCUAUAUUCACCAUCCACUCAACUAAAUAACCCUCCCAAGUACAAUUCAAAUUCAGUUAUUUUUUCUUUCAGAAGAAGAGAUUGUGGAAGAAGUAGUAGUCGAGGAAGAAGAGCCAGCUCCAAGCCAUUAG